AUGGACGUCCAGAAGAUAGUCGAUGCCAUCCGGUCAAACGACAUAGACACAAAUAAAGCGGCCAUUGAAAGCGUGUACGCCCACUACGGGAUGCUGACUGAAAGGGAUGUUGAGGAUCUAACGCCGUCGCUGGUCUACUAUCUAUGGAAGCUGCCGAAGUUCACGGCCCAGAAGCAGUUUGUUCUGGAGCUUCUGUCCCACACAGACCAGAGACUAAGGCACAGCCUGCUCAUGUAUCUUGUUGAGAGGUGGAGCGAUAUCCCGCUGGUAAGAACCGAUAAGUUCUACUAUCUUGUCAAGAGGAUCCUGGAGUACUACACACUGGAUGUGGAGACUGUUUCCCAUCUGUUCAACAUUGCCUCGAAUACAGAGCUUAGGGCAUUUGUGGUCCGCUGCGUUGUCGACAGACUCGGAGAGAUCGACGAGGAGAUGGAGCAUUUCCUGGCCGAGUUUAUCUCCAAGUGUCCCCCGCCAUUGCUGCUCUCCUUCGGAUCCCUGAGGUUGAGCAAAGAGGCUGUGCUGAAGUAUGCAGGAAGCAAGGAGACUGGAAAGAAAAACAGGGCAGUCCUGUGUUCCAUCAUCAAAUAA